AUGCCCGGCUGCAGCAGGACCGCGUGGUAUAACCCAGCAAACCAUCGCCCACGCCAUCCCCAUCGGCCUCCAGCGCCGCCUCCUCCGCAGCUGCCAGCUCCCCCCGCAAGCCAAGUCCUCUCCCCAGCGCUCGUGCUGGAUUCACCCCCGCUACGUCGAAGCAGAGGGGGUUCCCCAAGAUACAAACUCCAGAGGAGCCAGGGCACGGGGAAACCCACACCGCCUCCAUCCCCUCGCACCACCCUAGCGGCACCAUCCCACAGCCAUCGGCGACAGACGCCACAGCCCGGCUUUUCCUGGCCAGACCAUCCCACCUAG